AUGAUACUACCAGUUCUGCCACUCCUUCUAGGACUUUUUGUAUCUGUCCAGUGUGGCAAGUUCCCACCAUCGGAAUACGAAGAGUGCAGCAAUGCAACUAUUGGCGGUAAACCCAUCGACAUAGCGGAGGCACCGUGGAUAGCUUCCAUUUCGAUCAGGGAGAAGGCCAAGUGCGGCGGCGUUAUCUACGAUCUUAGCCAUGUGAUAACAGCAGGAAAAUGUGUAGAUGGAUAUCUGAACAGAGCGGUCAGGGUGCGGGUCGGUAGCACCACUCGCAGUAAAGGUGUCACCGAAGUUGAGGUCUGCAACAUCACCGUUCACGAAAAGUUCUCACCGCAAUCCAUCAACUACAACCUGGCCAUGCUGAAGUUGUGCACUCCUCUUAAAGAAUCCAAAAGGAUCAAGCCAGCCGUGUUGGCUACCGAAACACCCGCUGAUGGCACACAGAUCUCAAACUUCGGCUGGCCAUCCUUAAGGUGGUGGCUCCUCUACUGGCGCGAGUGUCUGGAGGAGGACGCCCACAAUCUGCAGAAGGCCGAGGUGGCGAUGUAUGGUCAAACGGAGUGCACCCGAAAAUGGCCAAGAAAAAAAGUUAGUCCCCGUAAGACGAUCACGGAAAAGAUGAUCUGCACGGAGAAGGCCGCUAAGGGUACCUGCUCCUUCGACAUGGGCACACCUUUAGUCCACAAUGGCAAAGUUAUCGGCAUCUUGACCCGAGGUGGCUGCACCAAGCGUCCCGAUGUGUAUACCAAUCUCGUCAAGCAUAAGCAUUGGAUAGAGAAAAAUGUAGAGUAACUGCAGUGUCUU